AUGGAGAUACUGGACAACAUGGAUGAGGAAGGAAAGGAGUUAGUGGGAUCAGCCCUUAUGAACAUCAGCCUAGAUGGCACCAGCAAUGUCACCAACAUUACGUUUUUCCCCUACUAUCAGCACUCUCUGUAUGUGGCUGCCAGCUACAUCCUGGUCUACUUCUUCAUCUUCCUGCUGUGUAUGGUGGGAAACAUCCUGGUGUGUCUAAUUGUGCUGGAAAACCGUCGUAUGCGUACCGUCACCAACCUCUUUAUUCUCAACCUGGCUAUCAGUGACCUACUGGUGGGCAUCUUCUGCAUCCCUACAACACUGGUGGAUAACCUCAUCACAGGUUGGCCCUUUUCCAACACUGUCUGCAAGAUGAGCGGCUUUGUGCAAGGCGUGUCUGUAUCUGCAUCAGUCUUCACUCUGGUGGCCAUUGCUGUGGAAAGGUUUCGCUGUAUAGUGUACCCUCUACAACCCAAGCCGACUAUACUUGUUGCCAAGGCAGCCAUCGUCUUAAUCUGGGUGCUAGCAGUGGUGAUCAUGUGCCCUGCUGCAGUAGCACUGACUGUAGAGAAAGUUCCUUUCCACUAUAUGGUGCACAAUGACGACUUCAACCACACAUUCCCCCUGUACACCUGCUAUGAAAAUUUUGACAACCCUCAGAUGAGAAAGGUCUACACGGCGGUUCUGUUUGCUCACAUCUACCUGGUGCCCCUCACUGUCAUCACCCUGAUGUACGGAAGCAUCGGAGUCAAACUGUGUUCCUCUGUGGUUGCAAACAGAGAGCCGCAGCUGGCCAAUGCAGUCCAGGUGGGAGGUAGAAGGGGUGGUCAGCCAAUGAUAUCACAGAAAAAGAUCAAGGUGAUUAAGAUGCUCAUCCUGGUAGCUUUGCUUUUUAUGCUGUCCUGGUUGCCACUCUGGACCCUAAUGAUGAUGACGGACUAUGCAGGCUUGGACAGGGACCAGCUGGACCUUCUGACCAGCUACAUCUUCCCUUUUGCCCACUGGCUGGCUUUCUCCAACUCCAGCGUUAACCCCAUCAUCUACGGUUACUACAAUGAAAACUUUAGGAGGGGUUUCCAGGCGGUGUGCAAGUCCAGGCCCUUCUGUUGCCUUGGGCAGUGCCAGUUAUGGAGGAAGAUUUCGAGGGUGGGCGGGAAAGGAAGAUCUGUGCAAGCACCUACUGAUUUCAGAGUUGCCACUAGCAACCACAACCACCUUGUCUUGGGGGUGAGAAAUCGAGUCCAUAAUGACAACAAGUUGACUGACACAGCAGAGAUGAACAGGAGUGCAAGGGUGGGGUGUGUGAUGGUCCACUCAGAGAGUCUUUCUGAUAGAGGGUUAGAAAUGGCAGUUGUGCCUAAGACAGGCAGUAAUGGUGACAAGUCAGAGAGGGUUAGUUCUAUGGCAGUUUCAGUGUAUCAGGCGUGGGAUAACUAA